AGUAAUGGGCCAUUAAGAAGAUUACAGAUAACAUCUAAAUUACUGUUCGUUAAUGUGAGUAGACUGAAGUCAAAUUAAUGUGCAUAUCACUCUUUGCUGUGUCUGUCAACGUGGCCGGAAGGAGCUUCUGUGAAAGCAUACACUGUGCAGUUUUCGCGUGGAUAUUGCAAUUGGAUUUUCUAGUGGGACCGACACGGACUGCAUUCAACACCAGCAGCAGCAGCACACACCCCACAGCGCCGGUGAUGCAUCCCCGCGGCAAGGGCACGGACAACUCCUCGUCAGAGUCGUCUUUACUUUAGAAUGGUGCAGAAAUCUCUCAACGGCGGGGUUUACCCAACUCAGGCCGGAGAGAAGAAGCACAAAGUCGGCUUUAUCGGACUGGACCCCGGCGCUCCGGAGUCCAGCAGGGACGGGGCGCUGCUCAUUGCGGGUUCGGAAAGCACCAAGCGCAGCAGCAUCCUCUGCAGACCGAGGUCCAGCAUCUCCGCCGGGAGACCCAGACCGUCGAAGAAAAAUGCCAGCUAUAGGAAACUACAGAAUUUCCUCUACAAUGCGCUGGAGAGACCGCGCGGAUGGGCGUUCAUCUACCACGCUUAUGUAUUCCUUUUGGUCUUCUCAUGUCUUAUACUCUCAGUGUUUGCCACCAUCAAAGAGUUCAAAAAUAGCUCAGAGAGUGCCUUGUACAUCCUGGAAAUUGUGACCAUUGUGGUGUUUGGGGUGGAGUACAUUGUCAGGAUAUGGGCUGCUGGCUGCUGCUGUCGAUACAGAGGAUGGAGUGGGAGGUUAAAAUUUGCCAGAAAGCCUUUCUGUGUCAUAGACAUCAUGGUGCUGAUUGCCUCAGUAUCCGUCCUGGCAGCCGGAUCUCAGGGGAAUGUUUUUGCCACCUCUGCCAUCAGGAGUUUGAGAUUCCUGCAGAUCCUGCGCAUGCUGCGCAUGGACCGCCGUGGAGGGACCUGGAAGCUGCUCGGUUCUGUAGUUUAUGCCCACAGCAAGGAGCUCAUCACGGCGUGGUACAUUGGCUUCCUGUGCUUGAUCCUGGCCUCAUUCCUGGUCUACUCUGUGGAAAAGGAGUUAAAUGAUGAGUUUGAGACCUAUGCUGAUGCUCUUUGGUGGGGACUGAUCACUCUCACCACCAUUGGUUAUGGUGAUAAGGUUCCAAAGACCUGGUAUGGACGCCUGCUGGCAGCCACAUUCAGCAUGAUCGGCGUAGCCUUCUUUGCACUUCCUGCUGGCAUCCUUGGCUCUGGCUUUGCCCUGAAAGUCCAGGAGCAGCACAGGCAAAAACAUUUUGAGAAGAGACGAACCCCUGCAGCAAACCUCAUUCAGGCUGCUUGGAGGUUUUAUGCUACCAACCUUUCCCGAACAGAUCUGCUGAGCACAUGGGAUUUUUAUGAGGAGACUGUAGCAAUUCCAAUGUACAGACUUAUUCCACCCCUGAAUCAGCUGGACCUGCUGAGGAAUCUGAAGGGCAAGUCAUUCAGGAAAGAGUCUCAGAUAGACAUCUCUCCCAGUAGUGAACAUGCACACAAAGACAGACUUUGCGGGUGCUGUCCGAGAGCUAUUAGUCGUAAGGCCAGCAUAAAGGACAAGAUGUUUCUCAGUCCUUCCAAGGCUCCCAUGAUGAAGGGAAAGACCCAGUCUCCAGGGGCAGAGGAGGGCGCUGAGGCCAGUCCCAGCAAGGUUGACAAGAGCUGGAGCUUCACCGAGAAGAACCGAGGGCCAAAACAGGGCUUCAAGGGCCGCGGUGGCCCCUUACGGCAAAACUCAGAGGCAAUUGAAGGUUUAAUAAAGGCGAGUCUCCCAGGAGAGGAAAUCGGUGAUGAUAAGAGCUGCCACUGUGAGUUUCUCACUCAAGAAUUACCUCCAGGAUUGAAGGUUGCAAUAAGGACAAUCUGUGUCAUGAAGUUCCUGGUGUUUAAGAGGAGGUUCAAAGAGAGCUUACGGCCUUAUGACGUCAUGGAUGUGAUAGAGCAGUACUCUGCAGGUCACCUGGAUAUGCUGUCUCGCAUAAAGAACCUGCAGUCCAGGGUAGAUAUGAUUGUGGGGCCCCCUCCCCCAUCAACACCUCGCCAUAAGAAGUCCACUGAAGGCCCUAGAGUCGACCAAAUAGUUGGCAAAGGUCCUAAAGCUGAAGGAGAAGCAGAGGACCUAAGCAUGAUGGGACGUCUGGUCAAAGUGGAGAAACAGGUGGUCAGUAUGGACAGGAAACUCGAUUUCCUAGUCAGUGUGUAUCUGCAGCGUAUGGGCAUCCCUCGUUCUGAAACAGAGGCCUUUUUGAACUCCCGAGAGCCGUAUCCAGCCCCGCCUUACCGCAGCCCGGAGGAAAGUAAGGUAGAGAAAGAGGGAAAAGAGGAGGUGAAGGAGGAAAAAGAGGUGAAGACAUGCUCACCUGCAGAUAUCCCCUGCUCUGAUGUGUCAUUUGAAAAGAAAGAUCCUUUACUGGGUCUGUCCAUGGCUAAGUCAGUGGGUACUCCCUCUGGGAGCAACAGCCGCCCCUCUACCUCUUGGCAGCACCAGCUGCAGCAUCCCCUCAGCCAGCCUGCAUGGAACAGCAGCGUGGCCAACACCCCUUCACCAGUCGGUGGCAGCGGUGAGCACUCGCCAUCGCUGUUCCGCCUUCCUCCUCCUCCGGUUCACGACUAUUCUUCCUCUGGCCUUGGUGGCAAGAGCAGAGAGAGCGGGUCUCAGAGCAGGAGGCGCCACAGGAGGCACAGGUGUCAGCAGGAUGCCACCGCUGUGGAGAGCGACACGUCUCUCUCCAUUCCAUCUGUUGACCACGAGGAGCUGGAGCGUUCUUUCAGCGGCUUCAGCAUCUCCCAGGCCAAGGAGGAUUUCUUUGGGCCUUCAUUCUUUGGAGUUUCAGGUACAGGAGCAGGGACUGAAGCUGGACCUGGACCUUCACUCUGUGCCAGAGUCAGGCCGUUCAUAGCAGAAGGUGAAUCAGACACAGACUCUGACCUCUAUGCGCCUUCACCUCUGUCCUUCACUGGAGAUGUCUCCUGUGGAGAGAGGGGUUGGCCAGGAUUGAAAUAAAUUUGUGGUGAAAGAGAUGAGCGCUUCAGUUGCCAACAAGAGACCUAUCAUGAGACUGAGUAGCCAAAUGACUGAUUGUUAAAGCUGGGGAUGCAGUUUCAGACAGUUGGUGACAGUGAAUUGUUGUGUUUAGCUGUUAUUAUCGGAGAUGGUAAAAAAAAAAAAAAAUGAUGUUCUUAUAAUUAAAACAUCACAAACAUUUUAUGUUUGUGAUGUUACACUUUCCAAGCAAUGCAUAAUUACAGUUACAUUCUAUUUGCAUUGCAUUCUUUUCCUUACUUUUUUUUUUGUUCUUGAUGACAGACACAUCUGUGGGAGUCUGAUGAUGUAUGGCACGUGAAAGGAAACGAGAACAUAACUUUGCUUUCUUUGUGUGGUGAGUGCACUUGAGCAUAUCUUCUGUUAAACACUGACCACUUUAACUUUGAAACAGUGGCAGUUAGUAAAGCAAGAUUGUUAGUCUUAUCAUGUGGUUAGCAUAGUGUCUUGAUAACUUCUAUACCUUUGAAUGACUUAAGGUGUUAUGAUGCCAAAAAACUUUAGCUAUGAUAAUUAAUUAGAUUCUUGCAGUGUAAAAAAAGAAAGAAUUUGCUUGCUUUUCAGCAUCAUUAAUUCAGCCUGGUGUUUACUAAAUACGUGAGAUAAACUCCCCUCAAAGUAUUGCAGAUACUUCCCUAUUAAUAAAGCAGUGAACGUCCUGCAUGGCAUGUUAAAUGGAUUCGAGAACUGUGUUCAGCAGGCAACAAAAACCAAACAGUGGCAAAAAUCAACACAAAACUCCAGUUUUUAUUCUGUACAGUCAAACAAAGUAGUGAAUAAAAGAUAAACAUAAAAAUCAGCAUGCAUGACUGGUUUCAAGCUACAUUGUGUUCAUUUUUUUAGAAAACUUUGCUUGAAUUCCAAUCAUGUGAGGGCAGCCUGAGCUUGUUCAUUUCCAAUGUUCUUUUCUGGUAAACCAUGUCGAGGCAGAUGUUUAUGCCACAUACUAUAAGUAUGGACAUUAGCUCAUAUGUUUUAUAUUGUUUUGCACAAUGAACAGUGCUGGUUUUAGACUCAGUAAAUCAUUAUGAGAAAUAAAGGCAUUUUGGCUGCAAUGCAUAUGUUGAGCCUUUAGAUUCAGUCAGUUCUGCACUAAAUGAGGAAAUGCAAUAAGAAUCAAGAAAGGCAACCAAGAGCCGUCCUUUACAAACAUCAACAUGGCCUUAUUUUUCACACCAAAAAUCCAUUGUUUUAUAAGUAACAACAUGAGCAAUCUAAUUCUUAAUUUUAUUCUUAACAUUUCAUGUACUAUUUCAGGUGUUAAGCACUGGUGGACUGAUGUCCUCAGAGCUGAUGUUGGUAGUUACUAAUGUAGCCACCGAAGGUUAAAAUCAUGGGAUUUACAUGUGAAACACAACAGUAUAUAUAAAAAAAAAAAAAAAAACAGAUUCAGCAUUUUCAAAUUAACACUGAAAUAUGGACAUGAUAAUGGAAAGGAAACAUCAAUACAUAUUUUUCAGAAAAGAGGUAAUCAAACCUGCUGACGGGGGUCUGUUUGCUCCGACAUGAAACGGCACCAUCAUGUAACUGCACCGUUUUCCUCUUCAAUAAUAAAACUUUGUACAUCACUGAACAGCA